AUGGGUACCGCUGGUGUGAAGUUAGCGUCCUCCAUUCUCCAUCCUCCUUCCCCCAUCCUCCUUCCUUCGUCCUCAUUAUUCCGUUCUCAGUCCUCCAUCUCCAUUCCUCCGUCCUUCGUCCUCAUACUUCCAUCCUUCAUCCUCAUUCCUCCGCCCUUCGCGUUCAUUCCUCCGCCCUUCGUGUUCAUUCCUCCAUCCUCCGCCUUCCAUCCUCCGUCCUCAUUCCCCUAUCUUCCGUCCUCGGUUUUCCGCUCUUCGUCCUCAUUCCUCCAUCCUCCGUCUUCCUUCCUCCACCCUCAUUCCUCCAAUCUCACUCCCCCAUCCUUCGUCCUCAUUCAUCCGUCCACUGUCAUCAUUCCUCUGUCCUCAUUCCUCUAUCCUCCGUCUUUAUUCCUUCGUCCACCGUCCUCAUUCCUCGGUUCGUGGUGA